AUAGAAGAAUUUGUGUAUGAAAAGCUGGACCGCAAAGCACCAAGCCGCAUGAAUAAUCCGGAAUUACUAGGCCAGUAUAUGAUUGAUGCUGGGAAUGAAUUUGGCCCCGGAACAGCCUAUGGAAAUGCACUCAUUAAAUGUGGAGAAACACAGAAGCGAAUUGGGACAGCAGACAGAGAACUCAUUCAAACUUCUGCUAUAAAUUUUCUCACUCCUCUAAGAAACUUUAUUGAAGGAGACUACAAAACUAUUACUAAAGAACGUAAGCUAUUACAAAAUAAAAGACUAGAUUUGGAUGCAGCAAAAACCAGAUUGAAGAAGGCAAAAGUUGCAGAAGCUCGAGCUGCACAACUAAACACCUCUCAGCCCGAAGAGAAUAACAUUAUGGUAAAUGUCUCUUACGUGCUCAACUUGCUGCAUGUAAAAUGGCUAAAGUCUGAACAGGAAGUGCGGAUUACUCAGAGUGAAUUUGAUCGUCAAGCAGAGAUUACCAGACUUCUGCUGGAAGGAAUCAGCAGCACACAUGCACAUCAUCUUCGCUGUCUGAAUGAUUUUGUUGAAGCUCAGAUGACCUAUUAUGCACAAUGUUACCAAUAUAUGUUGGAUCUCCAGAAACAACUUGGAAGCUUUCCAUCUACUUUCCUCUCUAACAAUAAUCAGUCUUCCUCAGCUCCUGUGCAGAGUGUUUCUGCUCCCUCAGUCUUGGCCUCAGCCUCUGCUUCAUUGCCUUCAGUAAGCAAUUCAAUAGUUACUUCAGGCAUCAGUGAACUGAAGUCAUCAAGUGGCAGCAGGAAAGCUAGAGUUCUCUAUGAUUAUGAUGCUGCAAACAGCAGUGAAUUAUCACUACUUGCAGAUGAGGUGAUAACAGUGUACAGUAUCCCUGGCAUGGAUUCAGACUGGCUGAUGGGUGAAAGGGGAAAUCAGAAAGGCAAAGUGCCUAUUACUUAUUUAGAACUGCUAAACUAAAUGGUUGGCCUGAAUAAAGACUGUCAAUUAUGGCAACACCAUAUUUAUAUACAAUUAACGUUAUGUAAGCAGGUUUUAAGUGUCUUCCAUGUUAUUGUCUUGAGGGACAAAUACCAGCCAUUAGAAACUGGCUUUUCUGCCAGCAUGGUUGCAUGGUAAAUACUCUAUUCAAACUUAAUGUGUUUAAAGCUUUUACUUCAUGUGCCAAGAACAUGUUUCCUAUGGAUUUGUUUCUACUGAAGUUUUCACUAAUACAAGCUUAUACUUUUGAGUAAUCUAGAUUGAAAGCAGGAGGUACUGUUUUCUACUGAAAUUUUUCAUUAAUGGCAAAGCUUUUCUUCACAUAAAAUAAACUUAUUGUGAACUGA